CGUCCUAUCAUCAAUACUUUUUUUCGAGUUUUGGAAUUAGAUUAACCUGUGCGAUCGUUUCAAUGUUUAUUCAGAGAAACGAGCUAAUGGAUGGAAAAAAAUAUACAUUUUGCAAUGACACAAAUGCGUUUAGAUUUUUUUUACAUACGCUAUUAAGGAGAGUAAGGAAAGUCCAGCUCAGUUUAGUUUAUCUUAUUUUCUAAAUGCACCAUGUGUUUUGAGAAGAUUUGUGUGUUUUUUGAACUCAUAGUUAUUUAUGGAAACACAUUGACAAAUGUUUGGGGACAUGGAAUAAUCAAAGAAGCAUACUUGGGCCAUAGUUCGCAGAAAUUAUUCAUCUUACACUCGGAACCCAAAACGUUCUUUGAUGCUGAAAACGUUUGCAAGUAUACUGGAAUGAGGACGUACAGUGGUAAUAAAGAUGAUGUCAACUUGUACAUAAAGAUCAAAGCCGAGAGGUUAGGCUGGAACACUUUUGAAGACCUCUGGAUUGGAUUUAUAAAACAUUCGAACAGCAAUGUAUGGUAUUCAACCAAAUCAUCUGACUGUAUUGAAAAAUCUUUCUCUAUUCCCGGACAACUCUUUCACGAGAGACAAUGUGCUGUCUUGAACAUGUCUGAACCUUCUUAUUCUGGAAAUCCCAAUUUAUUGUAUGCUGAUUCUUGUAAUGGGAGAGAUCUUGGAUUUGUAUGCUUGAAGUCCUCAGGGAAAAUACCAAAAGCUGUAGAGUUUUACCCUUCAUCAACAGUGGUAGAAAAUGGAUCUUCUCGGAUAUCGUGGGAUAAUGUAACUGACACAGAAUGUGCAGUAAAUUCAUUUUCCGAAUUCUUCUGUUACGCUGCGACUUACUUCCCGGAAACAGGGAUUUGUGUCGCAGAAUGUACAGAUAUGGACAAUGUUCCUGAAAAUGUUACGCUUGUCAAUUCUACAAUAAACUCCACUAUUCUUCUACGAACUUACAAUAAAGUUCUUAUCAACAACACAAUGACAAAUUUGACGUCGGUAUCAGACCCAGGACAGAUUCCCUGUUUACCAGACACCCAAACAACGACUGGUAUUUCCACUUUAGCAAGCACUUCAGAGCAAGUGACCUCUCAAUGCCCUUGUACCUGUCCAACGACGUCCAACAUUUCAACGGUAGAUCUUCAGCAGAAAAUAACUCAGAUCAAAGAAAACCUAACUGUCGCCAAAACUUCUUUAUCGUCAUCCCAACGGAAGUUAAUAUGUGCACCGGAUGAAAGGCCAUCUUCUGUGACGAUGGGAAUUCUGGGUACGUGUGUUAUCAUAGGAACACUGUUUGCUUUGGCUGGCAGCGACUUGUUCAAAGUUUUUUUCAUAACUGUAAAAUUUUUGACAAGGAAGUUCUAAAAGUUUCUAAAAACUGCCAUGAACUAUAGAAUAUCAUUAAUGGACUUGUAAUUAGUGUGAUUUUCAA